GCACUCACUCACAGGCAGCAACUAGCACGUAACACAAGACAGACUUGCCAGCAAACAAAAACACAGUCUGUGAAGAGUAGUAUAGGAUAUCAAAGCUGACGUCAUCUCAGUUCAAUAUCAUCUGAACCCUGGCGCUGGAUAGCCUCAGCACACCUCCGGUCACAUAUUGUAUGCUGACAACAGUGGCACAGACAUCCAGAGUCCAUGGAUGAUCCAGAGCUGGACUCUGCUCAGGCAGAGCAUGGCUCGCUUCUGCUCAGGCAGCUGGAGAGGAUGCGAGCAGCCGAGGAGCUCACUGAUGUGGUGCUGCUCGCAGAGGGGAUUCCCUUUGCUUGCCACAAGGUGGUGCUGUCUGCCUUCAGCCCAUACUUCCAGGCCAUGUUUACGUGUGGUCUGAAGGAGACACGGGGAGGAGAGGUACCUCUUAGAGACACACCUGCCAAAAGCCUGGAGCUGCUACUGGACUACAUGUACCGAGCUGAACUGCCUCUUUCCAAUGACAACAUCCAGGGUGUGGCUGCUGCAGCCUUCCUGCUCCAUGUAGACGGAGCCUUCAGGUUGUGUCAGAGCCACAUGGAGGCCCGGAUGGACCCCUCCAACUGUGUCGGUCUUUACCACUGGGCCAGAGACCUGGGGGCCACUGGUCUGGCCGACUGUGCCUUGAGAUACCUUUGCCAACACUUUGCACAGGUUUGUGAGGAAGAAGAAGUGCUGGAGCUGGAUGCCCAAAGUCUUGGGGAUCUGCUGGGUUCAGAUGACCUCAACAUAUCACAGGAGGAGGUUGUGCUGGAGCUGGUGCUGCGUUGGGUGGAGAGGCGAAGGGGGGACUCGCAGAGUGAAGCCCAGGCUGUGGAUUUACUCAGGCGUGUCCGGCUAGAACUUGUGGACCCUGGAUUCCUCCGUAAAGCCAGGAGGAGAAACCCGGUGUUGCUGAGGGAUGCUGAGUGCUUUGGGAUGAUUGACGCUGCUCUACAGACCUCAGGUCUCUGUGAGACGUCAGCUCCACCUCGGCCGGCGCUCCGUUACGGCAUGGAGACCACUGACCUGCUGCUCUGCUUGGGUGGGGUGGAUGAGGAGGGGGUGCCUGCCCGCCGUGGAGGACAUGCUGACCUCAGUUUUUGCUUUGCCCCCAGUGUUAGAAGGACUUACUACAUCCCUUCUCCACUGAGGGGCUGUGGAGGUAGGGGGCAGAUCACAGCUGGGGCAGUGACUCGAGACAACAACAUAGUGGUGGCCAUAGAGACAGAAGACCAACACAGGAAGAAGAAGCUGGAUGUCUACAGAUACGAUAAUUCAGAGGAGAACAGCUGGGUGGAGCUGUGCUCGACAGCACACAGGGACAUGUACGCUUUAGGGCUGCUAGGUGAUUCCCUGUAUAUGACAGGAGGCCAGAUAAAAGUGCGUAAUCACUAUAUCAUCACAGACAGCGUGGAGAGAUGGUCGCUGAAGAGAGGAGGCAGCUGGCUGAGCUUCGCCUCUCUGCCUCUACCCUUAGCCUGCCACUGCACCGUCAGCCUGAAGGAGCAUCUCUAUGUGCUGGGGGGCUGGACACCACAGCAUCAGCCAGAUGAUGAGCCUGACAAGCUGAGUAACCGUGUGUUUCAGUAUGACCCUGGCAAGGACAGGUGGACUGAGUGUGCCAGGAUGAAGUACUCCAGAUACCGCUGCGGUACGGCUGUACUCAAUGGAGAAAUCUACGUAUUAGGUGGUAUAGGAUGUGAUGGAGAGGACCGUGGGCAAUCACGACGUUGUCUUAGCUCUGUGGAGAUCUAUAACCCGGAUACAGACACCUGGAGGGCAGGGCCAACUCUGCCCACUUCUCUGCUUGCCCUCCGAACCAAUGCCUCCAAUGUAGGAGCGCUGGAGGGCAAACUCUACCUCUGUGGAUACUACAAGGGGGCCGGCCGUCAUGAGAUCAUCACCAAGGAGAUUUUGGAGCUGGACCCUGCGGACAAUGUGUGGACGGUGGUGGAAAGACGAGCAGCCGUGCAUGACAGUUAUGAUGUCUGUCUGGUGGCUAACCUCAAUCCUCGAGACCUCUUCACACCCUAAUUCAUCUCCUCCUGACUCUGAGCAACAACGCAUGGAGACAGGAAUGAACUAUGUCUACAAUGGGAGCAGGCCCUCAUCUAAGGAGUCCACCAUGUUGCACCACCAUGUUUCUACAGUAGCCCAGAAUGGACAAACCAAACACUGGCUCUAGAUAGGGUCAUUCACGUUUUUGUGUCGGCCACCAUAGUUAGCAGCCCCUCUGCGACCACUUUAAAUCCCCAGGUCAAUUUGCUUUGGAGAGGAAGUGACCUCUUUGGAUAACACGGCUCCUGGUAAAAACCUCCUUCUCAGGACUUCUCAGCAGGAGUUUAUGCUUGGCACACGGGAGAAGUUCCACCUGGUUGCAAACUGCAGUCCUCAUGCUAGAUGUCACUAAAUCCUAUGAAGAUUUUUUUUUACUUUUUGACUGUACUGCCAUCUGAAGGAAUGAUAGAAUAGGAUAGAGAUCUCUAUUGUUCACUCACAUGGAGAUUUGUCUUUGAAGAUGGAGAGUAUCUUUCUUUUUAAAACAUUUAAGUGACUCCCACAUUCAAAAGCACCCAAGUUCUGUUGCAAAAUAAUUGUAGUAAAUUGAACAGGAAUCACUUUUUAUCCUUAUAAAAGCUUAUGACUGAUAAAGCACAAAUAAGUGGUUGAUUGAGUGUUACACUGAC